ACCAGCCCUAAUACAAUCAGCCCUAAUACAACCAGCCCUAAUACAACCAGCCCUAAUACAACCAGCCCUACUACAACCAGCCCUAAUACAAUCACAACCAGCCCUAAUACAACCAGCCCUAAUACAACCAGCCCUACUACAAUCAGCCCUGCUACAACCAGCCCUAAUACAACCAGCCCUACUACAACCAGCCCUAAUACAACCAGCCCUACUACAACCAGGCCUACUACAACCAGGCCUACUACAACCAGCCCUAAUACAACCAGCCCUAAUACAACCAGCCCUAAUACAACGA